AUGAACGACCUACUCUCCGGAUCUUUUUCCGGCAGCCGUGUCAGCGACAUAGAGAUGGGUAACGCCGCCACAACCGACGGCACAAACCUCGAGAAAUUCUUCGGAGAUGUGGAGGAGAUCAAGGAAGAGCUAAAGGGUCUUGAAAAUCUCCAUAAUCAACUGCAAGAAUCAAAUGAACAAAGCAAAAGCCUGUACAAUGCUACUUCCAUCAAAAACCUCCGGACGAAAAUGGACAACGACGUCGCUUUAUCUCUCAAAAAAGCGAAGCUCAUCAAAACCCGUUUAGAGGCCCUUGAUCGUUCCAGUGAAGCCAAUCGGAACCUCCAUGGCUGCGGUCCAGGAAGCUCCACCGACCGUACACGAAUCUCCGUCGUUAACGGCCUUCGCAAGCAGCUUCAAUCGUCCAUGAAAUCUUUCACCGACCUCCGUCUGAAAAUGGCGUCCGAGCAUCGUGAAACUGUCCAACGAAGGUACUACACAGUCACCGGAGAAAAACCCGACGAGGGUACAGUCGAUAACCUGAUCUCCACCGGAGAAAGUGAGACGUUUUUACAGAAAGCGAUCCAGGAGCAAGGGAGAGGGCAGGUGAUGGAAACAAUAUUGGAAAUUCAAGAACGCCAUGAUGCAGUAACAGUGAUAGAGAGGAAUCUGAAGGAACUGCAUCAAGUGUUUAUGGACAUGGCGGUGUUGGUGGAGAGCCAAGGAGAGCAGCUAGACGACAUCGAGAGCCAUGUUAAUAGGGCGAACUCGUUUGUGAGAGGCGGUGCACAACAGUUGCAGGUGGCAAGAAAGACGCAGAAGAAUACCAGGAAAUGGACAUGUUUUGGGAUUCUUUUGUUGUUGAUUAUCAUCGCCAUUAUCGUUCUCUCCAUUAGGCCAUGGAAGUAG